AUUUAAUUUGAUUUAAUUUAAUUUCUACGGCUUUAAGCCAAUAUUUCCACUCUUUGCUUCGCCUUUUGAAAUGGCCCCACCGGUCUUCCGUAGGAAAGCUGCUGCUUUGUUGACAUUUUUUUCCUCCUCUCGUUAGCUUGCUGCCCACAAGUUAGCUUGUCAGUUCAUUAGCAUCUUAGCACAAACAAGCAAACCUCAGCAUGACGUUAUCCUGCCAACACUGCAGCCAGGCCGCUCGCAAAAACCCCAAAACAGUUUACACGUUUUUAGACAACCAGCAGCUCACGAUGGGGGUUACUUUCUAACCCGCGAGGGGUUAGAUCCGAGCGGGCGCUAGCUAGCUAGCAGCUAGUUAGCAGCUAGUUAGCUUGCUGCUUCAGUUAGCUAGCCUGCCGAGCAACCAUGGAGGGGAUUCUGUACAAAUGGACGAAUUACAUGACAGGCUGGCAGCCGCGCUGGUUCGUCCUGGAGAACGGAGUCCUCUCCUACUACGACUGCGAGGACGACGUCGGGAAAGGAAGCAAAGGAUCCAUCAAGAUGUCCGUGUGCGACAUUAAAGUUCACCCGACAGAUGCAACGCGCCUGGAGCUGAUCAUCCCUGGCGAGCAGCACUUCUACGUCCGAGCGGUGAACUCUGCAGAGAGGCAGCGGUGGCUGGUGGCGUUGGGCUCGUCUAAGGCGGGUACCCUGCACAGCCACAAGCACCAAGGUCCAGACUGCCUGAAGACGAAGAUGUCUGAGCUUCGGCUGUACUGCGACCUCCUUGUCCAACAGGUCCAAACGAUCCAAUCACAGCACACGGCUGACACAGAGGAACCGCCCACCUCGGAGGCAUCUCUCCUCAGUGCAACCUGUGCCACUUUCAUUAAGACGUUGGAAGAGUGUAUGACCCUCGCCAACCAGAGUUUGACCCCUGACCUCCGACCUCCUGAAAGGACGAAGAGGUCAGUCAGUCACCCUGGAACCUACAACUUUGACAGGUCAGGUGUUCCCAAGGAGUACCUGAGUGGAGGUCAAAGGUCAACUCAGCGCAGGAACCGGACAUGCUCCGACAGCUCCGUUUACGACACUGAGCGUAUGCUGCCCGGUGUCAACGGGGACUCGUCUUCCAUUCCCGAAGAGAGAGGAGGCAUGAGCCCCCCAAAGACCACACUGACUGACACGGACACAGACCUGUCCAUCUGAAGACCUGACGUCCAUCGCAACCCUGCUAGACUCUGAGAGGACAAAUUGACAGACAUUGGACCUCCACUGGGAUUGUCCUCUGAAGUCAGCUGGUUGCCAAACACACGCACUUUUGGAAUCAUAAUGACUCUUUUCCUGAAGCCUGUCUUAUGGGUUUCAGUUGCACAGGACACACUGGGGAGACAGAAAAGACAGCAGGAAAGACCUGAACCUGAGACAAAGACAGGAAAAGACACUAUGGACACACUCUUGGGGAUCAUGGUAGCCUCGGAGUUGGGCAGGAUUGUAAUCUGAAGCUCAAAUCUGUGAAUGAAAAUGGCGGUUUCUGUCAAAUAUGUGAUGUGUAGUAGGCAGCUCCCUGGUAUUUUAUGAAUUAGAAUAACUGGAUUGAUGGUCCACGUCUUUAAAAAGGGACCCAAUAAUGUGCGGGAAGUGCUGAAUUUUUGAGGACAUGUCUCCUAAAGGUUUGUUUUCGUGGCGUUUUGAUGGGACGUUGAAAUCAAAAGCAUCUUCUUGUAUAAUUUCUGCUUUUUCCACAUACUCAAGAACUUGCCAAGCAUCUUCUACAUUCUUCUUCCAGGCCAGUUGUGCUUAGGGGAUGAAACCAGACUCAUAAGAUGGCGUCUCUGAAGGUUCCUGAAGCCUCUGGUCUCUGGUCUCUGCCACAGCAUACUCACCUAUGUCUUUUCCACCAAGGCAGUUCUGGUGCUGGUUCAGAGUCGGUGCCAAAUAUGGAACCGGUUCUUGGCUUUUCCACACAAAUAAACCUGGUUCCGGGCCAAGAACACGGGUUCCACCUCAGCACCAACUCAGCGCUGGUCUAGAGAUAAGAACCGGUUACGUCAGGUGCUGGGCCCGGGUCCCGAUAGGCUUUUUGACGUGGCCCUGCUCUGGCUCCAAGGCUGUGGAAAAUCCAGCUGGUUCUUAGAGAACUGGCGAGUAGAACCAGCACCAGAACCAGCACCUGGUUAGCCCUGGUGGAGAAGACCUAUCAGAGAGCUGCGGCUCUUCAGAUGCCUUUUUGUUUGUGUUUUUUUUGGGGGGGUUUUGCACUAAUCUAACACAUUAAAUGUGCCGCCAUGCUUCUUCUCCAUAGUUGAUCUGGUCCCGCUCGGCUCCAGACUGGGCUCCAGACUGGGCUCCAGACUGGGCUCCAGACCGGGCUCCAGACUGGGCUCCAGGCCUCCUGCACUCCAAAGACAAGUCAGAUCAGACGAACAAAGUCUCUAAAUUACAGAUAGGUGGGAAUAUGUGCAAGUUACUGCCGUUUAUUUUUUGUAUUUGAACACAAUUUUUGGGAUUUUCUUGCCUUUUUUCUUCUUUUUUUCGGUGAUGAAUUCCAGCCAAACAUGAACCUUAAACGACAGAACGAUCAAUGCACUGCAAGAAAGCAAAAAGACAAAUCAAAUAAAUUAACCCCCGUGUUGUCCUCGGGUCAAAUUUGACCCAUUUUCAGUUUCUUCAUCACAAAAAAAAUGGGCCUUCGAAAUAAGAUGAAAAUGUCAACGUUAGAAAUAUCAAAUAAAUUGGAAAAAACAUCAAAAAAAAGGACGCACAACAUGACAAAAAUGUCAAUUCCAAGACAAGUCCAACACCAGGACUAGUGGAGUCCAAGACAAGACCGAGUCCAAAAUGGUUUGAGUCCAAGACAGAGUCCAAAAAGGUUCAAGUCCGAGUCAAGACCGCGUCCAAAUAGGUUUGAAGCCGAGUCAACGUCUAAUGCAUGACAGUAUCAAGACAAUCAUUAUUAUUAAUCUCCAAUAUUAUUAUCAACAUAAUAAAGACACCUGGACUCGGUCGGGACCUAAAGCCAUGUCUGGCAAGACCAGCGGCCGAGGCCGAGACAAGUCCGAGUCCAAAUACUAGCGAGUCCGAGACAAGUCCGAGACCACAGAAAAACGGUCUCGAGUCCAAGACCGGACUCGAGUACUACAGCCCUGGAAUACACUUUGGAUGAGUUCAACAGUGCGUUCAGACGAUGCCUUUAGCACACAUGGUAGUCAAAGAGACGUCCAGGUAGCUGUUGGUCCCCUGCCAAAGCAAACUUAGUGGAGCGCGUGUCUUUUUAAAGGGGACUAAUCUGAACCAAAGCAAACAUU